AUGGAAGACAGACUAGGUCCAGAAUUUGCAAACGCAAUGUUUUUGAGCAUUUCAGAAGUCAAGACUCUGCUUGAGUAUUUCAAAAGAGAAGGCUACAUGAGUGCUUCAAAUAAUCCUCUCUUUGAACAAAUAUUUGCAUAUGUCAAAAGAUAUGAUCGUUUCCCGGAUAUUCAGGUAUCUGACCAAGCUAAAAAUAUGUUGCAGGAGCAUCAUUUCCAAGAUGCUGAGAUUGCUAUGCUAAUGAAUCUUUGUCCUCAUUCAGCAGAAGAAGCGAGAAGCUUGAUCCCUGAGCUGAAUAGAAUAGAAUCAGAUGAGGAGCUUAAUGCCACUUUAGAAGAGCUUGUGAGACUUAAAAACCUUUAA